AUGCUUCCUCUCCAUCUCAUCGAGGAGAUCCUCCUCCGCCUCCCACCGGACGACCCCGGGUGCCUCUUCCGCGCCUCCGCCGUCAGCAAGCCAUGGCGCAGCAGCGUCACCUGCUCCAGCUUCGGCAGCCGCUACCGCGAGUUCCACGGGACGCCGCCCUUGCUUGGCUUCUUCGAGGUCGAUCGCGCCUUUGGCUGCUGGUUCGCUCCCUCGUCCCCCACCUCCCCCUUGCCCCCGACCCAUCCCGACCCCCGUGAACUCUUCGUCCUCGACUCCCGCCACGGCCUCGUCCUCUUAAGAACUCCUGGCUGGAGGAAGGAUGAGCCCGCGGUGAGCCUCAUCGUCUGGGACCCCGUCGGCCGCCGCCAGUGGGAGUUUCCACCUCCGGAGUUCGCCGACGACAUCGUCUACGACAACGCCGUGGUGCUUUGCGCCGACGACCACCUCGGCUGCCGUGGCGGUCCCUUCACCGUCGUCUACGUGGGCACCGACGGUGGCCCCGGGACCCCCUACGCCUCCGUCUUCUCUUCACAGACUCGUGCCUGGAGCGCUGUUGCCACUAUCCCUGACAAGUAUAUCGAAAUCCUCAGAUGUGGGCCCAAAGCCCUCCUAGGGAAUGUGCUCUACUUCUGCGGCUGUGACAAUCUAGUUCUGCGCUACGACUUGUUCAGCCGCCAACUAUCAAUCAUCGAGGGGCCCAUACGCUCGUGCGAUUAUUAUGUCCUCCUGAAAACGGAGGAAGGCGUGCUUGGAUGGGCAACAAUGGAGGAGGAACCUGAGCUUUGCUUGUGGUCGAUGGUGACUGCUCCUAACGGAGCUGUGGCAUGGACACAGCGCAUAGUCAUCAAGGUUGACAACCCCUGUGGCCUGCUUGGCUUUGUGGAUGGACUCUUUUACCUCAACACAGCAAGUUGUAUCUUCACGGUUGAGCUUAAGUCGGGCCGAGUCAACAAGAUAUCCAUCAGCCGUCUCAGUCUCGGUUCCUAUCUGAAACCGACUCUAUUUCCCUACAUGAGCUUCUACACUCCAGAUCAAGCUGGGACCAGAACACUGCCAUCAACCAUGGCCUCCUCCUCCGACGGGCAGGUGGGAAAUGAGCAGGGGAAAGGGGACGAGGGGGACGGAUGGUUGGAAGUGAGCGCCGAGAAGGAGUGUGAUGAUGAUGAGGAGGAACACCAGGAGGAGAAAGCUAUGCAGGAACUGUUUGACAAGUGGCCCAAAGCCUUUAAGGAUGGGGACUUUGUCUUUGCUGUAGACUUCUUCCGGCGCACCCUCAAGAUCAGGGUGGCACGUCAUGGUAAACUUUCUCCAAAGUGUUUCAGCACAUAUGUCAAAUAUGGACGUGCUUUGCUAGGCAAUACUAUACUCAAGACCGAGAGUGCAUCAAAUCAAGAAUCGGUGGAGGGUAUAACCAUGCAAAAUGAUACUAGGCACUCACAAGAUUUGGAUCUGGCGUGGAGGAUGUUUCAUGUUACAAGGUCGUCAGAUUUGGAUCUGCCGUGGAGGAUGUUGCAUGUUGCAAGGUCAAUACUUGAAAAGAGUCCUGGUAGCACUAUGGAGAAAGUUGAAAUCCUUGCUACUCUUGCUGAAGUCUCAAUGCAAGGAGAAGACAUAGCCUACUCUCUCAAUGCCUGCUUCAAAGCUUUAGCCAUCUUGGAGCAUUUGGUUGAGCCUGACCAUCGUCAUAUUUUCGUUCUAAACUUACAGAUACGUUUUGCCUUCGAGAUGGAAUCCAAGAUUGGAGAUGUGAAGGCUAUUUCAUUGUGCAAGUCGCACAUAGAGGGCCUGAAAAGGGCCAAUGAAGAUUUCUUGGUUGAUAAAGGUGAUGAUGCAUCUGCUACUGAAAAUCGCUCGUACACUCUAGCCAAGUGCAUCGAGUAUUUGACUGAAAAAUUAUUGCGUGCACUAGAGAAGAAGAUUCAGCUUGAAGACCUGGAGGAAGCAAUAUCAACGCCAGUCUCAGAGGCAAUUGGUGCGCAGAAUGUUGGAAAUGAUGUGCCAAGAGCUGAAUCUUUGGCUUCUUUGCAAUGUUCCGGACCAAGCAAUCCGAUGCCUGCUGGUAGUACCAUAACCAACCUUGAGGUUGCAGGCCGAGGCAUCAAACGAGCUAAUGUCAAGCAGGCCUCUUCUGAGCCUAGUCCCAAGAAGUUCGCAGAGAGCUCUCCAUCUGUAAAAGUUGAUAGCAGCAACAGCUCAGAUGGUCAUCUCUCAGCAUCAGACAGUGAUGGCUCUGUAUCAGAGUAGACUCUGUUAACCAUACUUCUUGCUAGUAAUCUACUCCUGGAACAUCCUAGCCGACUGUUUGGUUCAGCUUUUACUUAGACAUAAACUGCCACAUGCGCAUUUUGCACGAGCUGUUUUGAAUAAUGCAGAGUAAGCUCUUCAUUUUAGCAUGUAUGAACUCGCUCCAGUCUCUUGUUUAGCUGUAGCCAAAUUUUGUUUAGCUGAAGGCAAAUACAGUUGAAGUGUGGAGAGGAUGCCUAGCGAUCUUCAACCAUGAACCUGAUGCUGCUGCCUUGUUGCUAAGCUGGUAGUUUGAA